GGAACUCAUCUGAACAAUCCUGAUCAGUCCCCAUGCACAUUCAGUGUUAUUUGUGCUUUGCACUUGGCGAACUGAUAGGCCGAGCUCCUGGCCAACACUGUUAAGCGCGCGAUUGGAGAUAGAGGGGUGCACUCUCGUCUAAUGAACAUUUAGUGUCGUAGACCUUGUCUGGAAUACGAUACAGAUGUUCUCCAAAGUAUUGGCGAUAGUCUUGGUGAGGCUAGGGUGUGGUCCACUUGACGAAUGGCAUGUUGGAAGCUUACUAUUGGACGCUGUGGAGAUAGACGAAAUCCCAUUCGACUGGUCUUGCUCUUGGCAUGCACGUCGACUCAAGGCGUAAGCCCACUGACUAUGCUCGGUGCCCGAGCUGCCCA